AUGCAGACACAACUUCGUAAACAUUGUGUUUUGAUUGCAAACUUUCCCAAAACUAUGCCUGAUCCAAAUAAUCCAGACAAUAAUUGCCGUGCUUGUACAAAUACAUAUUUUAUCGACAUGUCCGAUCUGUCACAUAAUCAACGUCAAUAUAUCAGUCUCUAUCCUCUGAUAGAACAUUCACAUAGAUUAUCAGACAAAGACAGUUCAGAAUAUAACUAUACUGCUUGCGAAGGAAAGUUUGGAUAUAAUAAUUUGCCGCUGUCAUUUUCCCCACAUUACAAAUUGGGUAAAAUACUUGUAACUUCUGGGGCUUUUGAACAUAAAUCUCUCAUAACUUGCCUGAUUGAGUCUAAGAAGCAGCUUUAUAUAGUAAUUUUUCAUUUUGUAACACCAUUUUAUCAAGUGGCAUAUCUUCGUAAUUCUUUUGAUGGUUCAUUUUAA